AUGAAAGUCCCAACCGGCUCAUACAAACUGUCUAGCCACCCAGGCGACCGUUCCUUCAAAAUCCAAUCCACCACAAAAGACAUCACUCUCCGCAUCCCUACACUCAUUGAAACCACAACCCUACUAGACAUUCUAGGUAACCAAGAAAACUCCAAAUUCGAUAAAUCCAUCUCCGACGCCAGCACCCACGAACUCGAAAGCAUUGCUCACCGCUGGACAACAAUCUCGCACCCUCUGACACACCUCCAUUUUCUCAUCUGGAACGGUCAUACUCCGAUCGGGAUUACGGGAUUCGGAUGGAUAGGGCCUUGUGAUGACACUCAACCUGAUGGACCGCGUGCUGGUGCUGCGGGUAUUGUGCUUCAGCCAUUUGCGAGGGGCAAAGGGUUCGCGUAUGAGGCUUUGAAGCUAGUGUUCGAGUAUGGGUUGUGUGAGCUAGGGCUUGCAGAAAUUAGAAUUGGGAGUUAUUCUGAGAAUCUGCCGAUGAGGAUGGUGAUGAAGAAAUUUGGGUUGGUCGCGCGGACAUUUGGGGGAGUAGUUGAUGAGUUUGGGAAUGACCUUUUGUGGAUUGUUAGGCUGGAUGAUUUGGGCUCCUUCUAG